CAACAUCUCAACUUCCUACAACCCAAUACACAAUUCAAAAUGGCUCCCCAACCACCCGGCCUCAAGAAACCCUCCGCUCGAACCCUCCGUCACCAGCGCGUAACGGGCCAAAUUCACCCCCUCGCCCCAUCAAAGACAUUCCGCGACGAUGCCGCAGUCUCAGACUCGUUCCUCUCCAGCAAGCGCGACAAGCGCCUCAUCAAGCACUCCUCCUUCGUCUCCCGCAUCGCCUCCUCGUCGCGCGUCUCCAAGGCGAACAAGCGCCGCAGACCGUCAAAGAAGCUCGCAGCCACCCUCGACAGCCUCGCCGAUGCCCUACCCGAGCUCGAUGACGAUGCUGGACAGCCUGGAAAGGUCAAGCACAAGAGUUUGAGGAGCAAGAAGGGUGCGCUCAAGAAGAAGGAGAUGGUGGUCAAGGGCGAGAUGGAGAGGUUUGGCGUUAGUAUGGCGAGGUUGACUGGGGCGCCUCAGGAGAAUGCGGCACCUGCUGGAGUGCAGCAUGAUGAUGAUGACGAUGAUGAAGAUAUGGAUAAGGCCAAGGUGGGAGAGUCCAAGCCUGCUGCCCCUGCACCGACUGCAAACCGAUGGGCUGCUCUACGGGGGUACAUCUCGGCGACGAUGGAGCAGAACCCGGCCUUCACAGGGAACAACUAGUCUGGAUCUGUGAUUAAACUUUGCGGAGAGGCUCGAUUGAUACCAUUGUAUGGAAAUACUGGUUGGGAGUGCCUCAUCAAGGCGAGGCACUCAACGACCUUGGAGCUGUUGUCAGGAGUUUGAGGAGUUAGGGAUUCAAAAAGCAUCAUGCAGAACUAUGAAACAAUCACGACACAAUAGACAAAGUACAUUCAAUAGAGCUCAAUUGUUAUCAAGAU